GACCCUUAAUUUUCCACAAUGGCCAGUCACAGCAACACAAGUACUUUUCACAAGUCUUCGCCUCUCUAUGGUCCAAGUCUUCUCCUCACAAGCUUGGAAAUUUUUGGCUUUCCCUUCUUUGACCCGUUCCACUUCUCUUUUUCUCGCAUUCACAUCCACACUAUCAUCUAAAAAGCUCAAAGAGCGGAGUUUCCUGAAAGCUUCAUGGAGUUUCCUGAAUUGGGUUGUCCAAAAACCCAGGGUGUGUUCAUGGAAGAGGUGUAGUGCUAUGGAGUUUAUAUGUUGUGAUUGGAUUGGAUAGUAAUCUAUAUUAGGUGUCUGGAUUACUUAUUCCUGGCUUGUCUUUAGGAUCUUGGUGAAGAUGGUUUUGCAUAGCUGGAUUUUCAGUUCUCAUAUUCUUGUUAGUUUCUGGUUGCUUAUUAGUUGUGGCAUGACCUAUGGGACUGAGACUGAUAUCUUCUGCUUGAAAAGUAUCAAAAAUUCCCUUGAAGACCCCGAAAAUUAUUUGAAGUUUUCUUGGGAUUUCAACAACAACACCGAAGGGUUCAUAUGUAGGUUUAAUGGGGUUGAGUGUUGGCACCCUGAUGAGAACAGGGUCUUGAAUCUCAAACUGUCGAAUAUGGGACUCAAGGGCCAGUUUCCUCGUGGCAUUCAAAAUUGUUCGAGCUUAACUGGACUUGACCUUUCGAUUAACAAACUUUCUGGAACCAUUCCAGGAGAUAUAUCUACUCUUAUACCAUUUGCAACAACUCUUGAUCUAUCUACAAAUGAAUUUUCUGGGGUGAUACCUGUGACUCUUGCAAAUAUUACCUUUGUUAAUACCAUUAAACUUGAUCAGAACAGACUCACUGGGCAAAUUCCUCUACAACUUGGUCUUCUCGCACGAAUUAAGGCGUUUUCUGUAUCCAACAAUCUUUUGACAGGGCCUAUUCCAACCUUUGGCAAUGGCGUUUCAGUAAAUUAUGCUAAUAAUCCAGGCCUGUGUGGACCUUCAUUAGGACCUUGUCAAACCAAGUCUUCCAAGAGUAACAUGGCUGUUAUUGCUGGAGCUGCUGUUGGUGGAGUGACUCUUGCAGCUUUAGCAUUGGGUAUUGGAAUGUUCUUCUUUGUGCGACGCGUUUCUUUCAGGAAGAAGGAAGAGGACCCCGAAGGAAACAAAUGGGCUAGAAGUCUAAAAGGAGCUAAAGCAAUUAAGGUUUCUAUGUUUGAGAAAUCAAUUUCAAAAAUGAAAUUGAGUGAUCUCUUGAAGGCUACUAACAACUUCAGUAAUAGCAAUAGCAUCGGGUCAGGAAGAACGGGAACUGUUUACAGAGCUGUCCUUGAUGAUGGCAUAACACUUAUGGUUAAGAGAUUACAGGAAUCUCAGCACACUGAAAAGGAAUUUAUGUCUGAGAUGGGUACACUAGGGACUGUCAAACAUCGCAACCUGGUGCCUCUUUUAGGUUUUUGCAUGGCCAAAAAGGAGAGGCUUGUGGUCUAUAAAGACAUGCCAAAUGGAAACCUCCAUGAUCAACUCCAUCCUGUUGAAGCUGUGAGUACCCUUGACUGGACUAUGAGGCUCAAAAUUGCAAUUGGAGCAGCCAAAGGGUUAGCAUAUCUUCAUCAUAGCUGCAAUCCACGUAUUAUCCACCGAAACAUAAGCUCUAAGUGCAUCUUGUUGGAUGCAGAUUUUGAGCCGAAAAUUUCUGAUUUCGGUCUUGCUAGACUGAUGAACCCAAUUGAUACUCAUCUGAGUACUUUUGUAAAUGGGGAGUUUGGUGAUUUAGGCUAUGUUGCUCCUGAGUACACAAGAACUUUGGUUGCUACACCAAAAGGGGAUGUUUACAGCUUUGGGACCGUUCUUCUUGAGUUGGUGACUGGUGAAAGACCAACCAAUGUGGCUAAAGCGCCAGAAACUUUCAAAGGAAAUCUAGUAGAAUGGAUUUCGGAGCUCUCAAUCAAUGCAAAACUCAAGGAUGCCAUUGAUGAAUCACUCAGUGACAAGGAUGUUGAUAGUGAGGUUUUCCAAUUUCUGAAGAUUGCAUGCAACUGUGUCUCACAAACUCCGAAGGAGAGGCCCACCAUGUUUGAAGUGUAUCAGCUUUUAAGAGCUAUUGGGGGUAAAUACAACUUCACAACUGAGGAUGAGAUAUUGGUGCCAACGGAUAUUGGUGAACCUGAUAUGUUGGAUGAACUUAUUGUAGCUCGAGAAGUAUAAUAUUGAAAGGUACGUGAGAUAUAUAGGGUAUAAUAAUAUAUGUAAUUGACAUUAAAUUUUAAUAUGUAAUUAUCUAUCUCUUUGUGGUCCUAAAAUAAAUGUUAGUGGUAUAUGUAGUUUUGAGAAUCAAGAUCCAGAUGUGUGCUGUUGAUAUUGAAACAUGAAUAUAAGAUAAUGAAUCAUGAAGUAGAUAUAGUUGAGUUACUUCUUUCUUAUCCUUAUUUUAA